CCGACAGUUGUCACUGCAGCGCAAGUGAAAACUACUUAAAAAUCCAGGCACCAUUUUUUUUCCCCCCGUACUGGAUGAAAUGUAAAACAUGAAAUAGUUCCGAUUGUGGUCUCAACAUUACAAUAUCAUGCAUGGAGCUCAGAGAUCUGUGAAAUUGUGCAAUUUAAUCACAACUUUGAACCUUUUUCAAAUGUUUUUAUUUGCCUCCGUUCAUUCAGGUUGGUUGCUCAAAUUAGCUACUUUUCCAGUGAAAAGAGUGAAACAUUUGUGGCUGCUUACUAUUGCACAAUAGCCUGCUUUUUAAUGCUGUAUGCUCACUGCUUGUACAUUAGCCCCAACAGCCCUCCCCCAUAUCCUAGCAAGCAAUCUUACUGGUUCAGUCGUAUCAGGAGAGAUGUGUUGUGAUGCCCUCUUAAUGGGAAAAGUAAGAGUGGCUAAUCUCAGAACCAAUACGACUGAACAUGUGUGAUAAGAGAGAGAACAGGCUGUUUCAUUAUCCCUUGUGUAACUGAGCAACAGACUCAGUUCAGCAGAUUUAAAGAGUGUUGAUCCAGCGAAAAGAAGCAUCUCCCUGCAGUUUUGGGUGAACUGUAGCCUAGUAGCCUAGUCCAUGUGAUUGGAUGUCCAGGCUUCUGUCACAGCCUAUCCCCACCAUGACAUUUCACUCAUGAUAUUGUCAUUGGCAAUCAUCAAAAUAAGGCCUUCUACUCCUCUCCAUUUUUAUGGUUUGAUAUUAUCCGUUUAGUUGACCAAUGAGCACAGAAAUGGAUGCAAUUUGCAAAGCCUAUUUGGUCGAAAUAUAGCAAGACAUUUGCUUCGAUUUCUGAUUUACAGUCGGACGGUUUCAGUAUCAUCUUGGCCCAGAAUGGCCAACUCCAGUCCUUGGGGGCCUGAUUGGUGUCACUUUUCCCCCAGCCCCAGCUUACACUGCAAUAAUCAACUAAUCAUAAUCUUCAGUUUAGAAUGGAAUUAGUUUAAUCAGCUAUGUUUGCUAGGGAUUGGGAAAAGGUGUGACACCACUCCGGCCAGUAAAAAGCAUAUUAUAGCCCGCUUGGAGUUUGCUAAAAGGCUCUGACCAUGAGAAACAAGAUUCUCUGGUCUGAUGAAACCAAGAUUGAUGUCUUUGGCCUGAAUGCCAAGUGUCACGUCUGGAGGAAAUCUGGCACCAUCCCUAUGGUGGUGGCAGCAUCAUGCUGUGGGGAUGUUUUUCAGCAGCAGAGACUGGGAGAUUAGGCAGGAUCGAGACAAAGAUGAACGGCGCAAAGUACAGAGAGAUCUUUGACGAAAACCUGCUCCAGAGCGCUCAGACUGGGGCUAAGGUUCACCUUCCGACAGGACAACAACCCUAAGCACACAGCCAAGACAACGUAGGAGUAGCUUCGGGACAAGUCUCGAACAGUUCUGGAGAGACCUGAAAAUAGCUGUGCAGCGACGCUCCCCAUCCAACCUGACAGAGCUUGAGAGGAUCAGCAAUGAAGAAUGGGAGAAACUACCCAAAUACAGUACCCUUUCCUGUUUGGCUUGAGUCUGGCCAUCUGCUGGAGUUUCCUCGUCUGUGUAAGCAGAGUCUACAUGGGCAUGCACUCUGUCCUGGAGGUCAUCACUGGCUUUCUAUACAGCCUGCUGAUCCUGGCCGUCUUCCAAUCAACGUUGGACCAGAUUGACAGUUUCUACCUGACGAGCCACCAUGCACCACUAGUCAUUGUCAUCCUGCACGUAGGCUUAGGCUUCCUGGCGUUCACCCUGGACACAUGGAGCACCUCACGGGGUGACACAGCGCAGGCUCUGGGCACUGGGGCCGGGGCUGCCCUGGCCUCCCACCUCAACCACCAGCUGGGCCUGCUGGCUGACCCACCACUUUCCUCCCUGCCCCUGGCACUGCCCCCCCUGAGUGCUGCCCUAUUGGCCCGCUCCCUGCUGCGCCUACUGCUUGGGGUGGUAGUCCUGCUUGCCACCCGGGCUGCAAUGAAAGCAGCCACCAUUCCGCUGGCCUGCCGGGUGUUUGGGCUGCCUGCUGGUGAUGUACGGCAGGCACGGCAGCACAUGGAAGUUGAGCUAUCUUACCGCUACAUCGUCUAUGGCACUGUGAGCUUCAGCUGCGUCUGUCUGGUUCCCCUCCUCUUCAGCUACCUGAACCUCUCCUGAACAGACUCGAUAAUCUGCUAAUCAGCCUCCACCCCUUGUGCUUAAACAGUACAUAUGUACAGCAGAGACAUGGCCACAUGCCUAUUAUAUUAUGGUGACCGGGAGACAAAAAAACAUGUCAACUCUAAACAUGUCCACCAACUUUUUUGUGAGGGGUUGUCUUUUUCAUCUCUGUCACCAGUUGUCAUGUUGUCAGUCUGUGCCGUUAAAAGUAAGCCCAGCUAGCACAUAACGUUCUGAGAACCAUAUGUUUCUUAGAGCUUGGUGAGAGUGUGGUUGUCUCAUGGUUAUUUUGCAUACAACCUUCCCACAAGUUUCUGGGAAUGGGGCAUGAUAGUUGCUUGGCUUUGAAACAUUCUCAGCACAUUUAAGGAACUUGAUGUCCUGAGAUAUUUCAUUACUAUAACAGAAAGUUUCCCAAAAGUUCAAACAUGGUUACAUUUAAAUUUUAGUAAAGUUUUAGGAAUGUUCUCCAACUGGUUUGACAUUGAGUAUGUUCUCAAAUAGUUCAGAGAACGUUAAGAACGUUAUUCUGUAGGAAUUUCAGUACUUCAGCAUUACGUUUCCUCAUGGUUCUGUUUAAAGCAAUGUUCUCAAACUGUUCUAGAAUGUUAUUUUAAAAAAUACAUUCCGUUCUCAGCGUGAACAGCAUCUUUUAAGUGUGUUCAGGUGUUGGCUGCGCCCUCUAAUUGGCCACACCUGAUCUUAAUGAGUGCUUCUUUCCUUUGAAAUGGGUUCAGUUUGAAUAGACUAAAAUGAACAGCGUUGUAUGAGUAAAAAAAAAACAUUGCAUGCUAGCUCCAUCCUGGUGGCGUAGUGGACUAAUUCAAUGGCUAGAAAACACAUAUCAUAUGUUUGAAUCUCAUUGACGCCAUGUCACAAAAAAUACAUAUGUUUGCAUGAUUUAAUGCCUACGCAAAUUAAUGUCCAUGUGUUCUUCCUGUGCUCAGAGUUCAAAACAGUUAAACUAAGCUGGCAGUGUUAUUAAAAGUCUUAAUGAAACAUGUUCUUAGAAUGUUAUUUAAGUUCAAAUCAGAAUGUUAAUAAAACCUCCUGGAAAACCUUCAGGGAAUCGUAGUAAAAUGUUCUCAGAACCUCUCCUACCUAAAAAUGUUCACUUCUGUUCUCAGAAUGUUUAAGAAAUGUUGUGUUUUACUGGUCAGGAAAUGUAUGGCUUCAUUCCCAGAACCAAUAGGAAACCAAAAACGUGUGUUCCCACAACUUCCAAUGAACCAAACGUGCUAGCUGGGAGGUGUUUGUUUUAUAUCAGCCAAAAUCCAUCUCCUCUUGAUUACGCUCUGCUCCCAACAGAAGACCCUUGAAUAGAAACACAGAUACUGGCCCCAGUUUUUUUCAAAACAUUUAAGCCAGAUCAAAACGAUCCUGUGUUCAAUUCUGCUCCCCGUUCAGAUAUCGUCCCUCAUUUUUGUAUGUAGGUUUAUGAAGAAACUGAAGCAAAUCUCUAACAUAUCACAUGUGCUACAACAAAGAUCAUGUUAUAUGAGCCCAUGAGAUUUGGGUCAACUUUUUAAAAAAAUUGUGUAUCUUUCUAAAAUUAAGGGGAACAAAGUUGAUUGUGGAAACAGGAAUGAGACAAAAUAUCCCCUCUGUGCCGUAUAGGCCCUUAUCCUGCUCAGUACAUCAAUAUUAUUUACCCUUGAAACAAUAAACUGGACUCAAUUCCAACCCCUACAAGUGCAGUUUGAUGUCAUUUCAGUUACCAUUUUCCCUUGAAUAUAUAUUUUUGUUCAUAGGAACAUACCACAAAAAUGUCACCUUAGCAUUUGAGAGAGACCAUGCCCCUCCUGGAUGUUUUUUUCCCUCAGAAAUAUGUGAGAUUUGCAACUUGCAAGUGGAAGGAUAUUAUACUCACUGUGAUCUCAAGGCAUGAUUAUUGGGGCAUUAAUCUAAUGUGAUUACAAUGGCUGUGUUUACACACAAAGCCUAAUAAGAUGUUUUUAUUUAAUAUUCAAUCCUUUUUGUUUGACUGUCCACAUUGCACAUACACAUUGACCCUGCCUUUGAAAUAGCACACAGACACUGAUUAUUUAGUGUCACUGUUCCUUUCUAUCGUUUGUUGUUUGUUUUUCUCUGCUAUGUCUUUAGCUAAACCUCUUUGGUCUUAUUUAUAAUGUAGACUACUGUAACAGUUUUGCGAUAUCUCUGACGGGCUGACAUGCUUGCAACCAAGAUCAGUAUUUGUUCCUAUCUUGACACUGAGAAUGACACAAAAAAAUCAGUUGAGAGCAAAACAAUCUGAACAUCCAGACUCCGGUCACAUGCAGAGCAUUGGACAUGUAUAGGAUUUUAGUACCACUGCAGAGCAUUGGACAUGUAUAGGAUUGUAGUACCACAUACAAAUGUGGUACUAAAUUGGAACUCAAAAGAUCAGGGACCUCGUUUAUAAAACAUUCUUUUGCACAUAUUUGAUUGUACAUUUAGCUUACGAUGAAAUCCACAACAGAUUAUUUAAAAACCUUGAAAUGUGCGUACCUCUAAGUUAGCAACAGACCAUGCUUACAACUGUAUUCCAAGCAAGACGUCAUUUCGCUCCUUUGGACAAAUGGAGGUGCAUGCCAUAGGUUAACUGUAAGGACGUUGAUCUAAGGAUUUGUGGUCUACGAAUAAAUAUCAUUAUUAUUAUUAUUGUUAUGGUUAUAUUAAGACAAACAGGAAAAUCAAAUUGUUGUCCACUUCAUGAAACAAUUUGGUGAGUUGGUGAAAGCACAGUAUGGGAAAAUGAUGUUUAUUUUUAUCGUAAUAGUAUUGCAAGAUCAUUCUUGUCUGUUCUUACAUGACAAGCUUAAAUCUGUAGGUCCAAAUGCAACCAAUAUUAGCCACCAUAUUACCACAAGGUGAUCUCUCGUUAAACCAUCAAUUCACACUAAGAUCACCCGCACAGGGAUCUCAAAUGCUUUCAACAUUUCCUGAUCCCUUAAAGUCGAGCUUCGAGCUCGGUCGGUGUGAUGUUAGUCUGCUUUCGCCCCAAAAUGGUUUAA